CUGAGGAGGAAUUGCUUCUUUCUGUCGCAUUCGGGAAGGGGUAGUUGCCGCUGCUGCUGCGGCUGACGCUGCCACGACAAUGAAAGGCGCGCUGGCCAGCCCCGUGGCCGCCGCCACAACUAUGCAGGAGAGCUUUGGCUGUGCCGUCGCCAACCGCUUCCACCAGCUGCUCGACGACGAGUCCGACCCUUUCGACAUCCUCCGCGAGGCAGAGCGGCGCAAGCAGCAGAGCAAGAAGCGCGAAGAAGCGGCUGUUGCAACCGGCAGAAAGCCCGGCCCUGGAGGAGUCUCUGCUGCCACCGCUGUCAAAAGAGAAUGCCAGAAGGAGCGAAAAGGGCCUCCGUUCUUGCAGUCGGAGAGCCCCCCAGCACCGGGCCAAAAGCGAGCUCCAAAAAGAGGAGAACAACAGGGUUGGAAUGAGAACAGAGGUACGGAUAUGAAGCAAGAUAAAGCUGAAUGGAAACCUUUCAGGGAAUACUGUCCCCAUGAAAUGGAAAGGCAAGCAGAGUUUACACUAGAAAGACCGAUAGAGCGCUUUGAUCGGGAGAGGCCAGUGAGAAGUCGUGGGGGAGGAAGAGGUGGAAUUCAAGGCAGAGGCCGAGGUGGUGGAAUGAACAGGUCCUUCAAUGGCUUUGAUCAAAGAGGGAAACGGGAAUUUGACAGGCAGAGUGGGAGUGACAAAACAGGAGUCCGUGCAGAAGAUAAAAGGGGUGGAAGUGGACCACGUAAUUGGGGAGCUGCUAAGGAUGAUCUGAGUGAGCUGGAACAGACUGCUCCUAUGGAAGAGACUGCAGAAACUGAAGAGACCCCAGGAGCACCUGAGGGAGAACCUCCAAUGAAAAUUGCUGAAGGAGAGCCAGCGGAAGAAGUGGUUCAAGAGAUGACGUUGGAUGAGUGGAAAAAUCUUCAGGAACAAAAUCGACCAAAGCCCGAGUUCAACAUCCGGAAGCCUGAAACCACUGUUCCUUCCAAAGCAGUGGUAAUUCACAAGUCAAAAUACAGAGAUGAUGUGCUGAAGGAAGAUUUUGAGGAUGAUUCUCACUUUUCCCGAAAAGCAGCAAAUGACAUCACUUCUCAGCUGGACAUUAACUUUGGGAAUCUGCCUCGUCCUGGACGAGGAGCCAGAGGAGCACGAGGAGGUCGUGGGCGUGUCCGAAGAGUUGAGGACUCAGGGCCAAGACCAGAAGUGAUGAUGCACAUCACUGCUCCAAACCCAGAUGACCCUGAGGAUUUUCCUGCUUUGUCUUGAAAGAACUCAAUGACACCUCCAAAAAUAGCUGUGGAGAUACUAUGUUGCUGUAGAAAAGAAUCAUCCAAGUCUACACAGAGAAAUGACUUUUGUGUGUGAAUUUUGCACUUCUGUGUGUUAAGACAUACCCAGUGGCUUUGGAGGCAAGUUCCAGUACCACUGUUUAUGGAUUAGCUGUGUGAAGGCUUAUGGUAUCAUACAUGAGGAAUUUCAAAUAAAAAUUCAGGAUGAUGGUGUCAAACAGGUA